AUGAAGGAGUUUCUCGCAAUGCUGCCUGUGGUCAUCCAACGCAGAGCUGAUGAUCUUCGUGAAUUAGAAGAGGCACGCAGAAACCUCACCAGCGAUGAUGAAAUCGUUGGCCUUCUGCAGUUAGAAAGUAUCAAACAUCUAAAAGAUGAACUGCAUGAUCUACGAGAAUUCGAGAGGAAUGAAGGGCAGGCCAUGGAGUACAUUCAGAGCGCAGAAGCGCUGCUCUCUCCGGUGCGACACAUGCCUCCCGAAAUUAUCUCACGGAUCUUUGAGUGUUGUAUUCCACCUGGUGGCUCACGUCCACGUGCAUCAGAGGCGCCAUUGGUUCUGGGGAGGGUCUGUCGUACAUGGCGUAGAAUAUACCUAUCUACUCCCUGUUUAUGGACUCACCUGUCCUUGCACUUUCCCAUCAAGGUGUCCAGGUGGUUCCCAACGCUGGAAAAGCACAUUAAAGCCUUAACGUAUUGGUUGGAACACGCGCGGUCAUUGCCACUCUUCCUCAGCGUCAUAUAUGAUGCUGAGUCAUUUAUACGCCUUAGUGUCCCAUCUAAAGAGCUUGGUGGGCGGUUUCAAACAUAUUGUCAUCUAAUGUCUGUUAUCCAAGCCAACCUCGGUCACCUCGGGGGCCUAUCAUUUGUUAUGCCCGCAAUUGCGUUCACGCAGGAUAUUUUUGAUGAUCUCCUGAGGUGUCCAAUGCCGGAACUCAAAUAUUUGCAACUUUUCCCCAAUGAUGUUCGCAUUCCCUCCGUCGAUUUGUCUCUCAAACUUCAACUCCAGCUCAAUCAUAUGCAUGCCCCCCGUCUCCGAUCCCUCGCCAUUGGCUUUCGAUGCAACAAUGUCAUAGAAGUUCCCGUCCCAUGGGGUCAAUUAACCGAUUUGUAUUUGCGCCAUGGGAUUGAUAGCACCAACCCCGCAGCGACCCUUGACGAUUACUUCUGUAUCUUACAAAAAUGCAGCAACCUGCGAUCUUUUGCAUUUACAGUGGCCCACGACCGGUUCCAAAAAGCUGCCACUUCAGUCACCAUUCCUCGCCUCGAAAUCUUUGAUGUAUUCGUGGUGUCGUUCGCAUGCCAACUAGGGGAGUUUAUGAGCGUACUCGAAUUGCCUAGGCUUCAGCAGCUUCACAUACGAUAUGUAUCGGGUCCUAGAUAUCGAUAUAGUCAUCCUCCAUCACACAAUCUACAACUUUCCAGCCUCCUCCCAAAGUGGCGGUGCGUCCUUCAUCAACUUGUUCUUGAACAUGUAUCUAUUUCCCUCGAAGAAAUAGUCGCCAUCUGUUUGACUUGUCCUGAAGUCGCUCACCUCGAGUAUCUUCCUUGGCCUCCCCUAAAACCUGAUAGUCUCUUUUUUAAAGCAGUGAAUCCGCCGCCGUUGCCCUACAAUGCUCUUAUGCUCCCGAAACUCGCCACCCUCCGUCUUGGCUUAGGAAGUCCCUUCAUAAGUGGUGAACUAUUGGACAUGGUGGCCAUGCGGUUUGUACGGCCGAUUAUCGAAGAAGGUCUUGUCCCACUAAAGAGCAUUGAGGUAGUGUUGUACAAAAGCACGCACCAUCCAAUGCCUCCCAACCACAACGAACGAGUUUCGAACUUUAAGGACAGUCUGGAGAAAUGUCUUCCGGGUGGAACGACCGCAGUUACAUGGGCGGUACAAGGGAAAGCAUUUAAUGAACUUCCGUGGCUUGAUCUCUAG